AUGCCCGAGCAGCGCCAACGCCGGGAUGAGCCCGAGGCUAAUUCCGGCUUCAAGGCUGCCCUCCAAGGCCUGGGCAUCUUCCUGCUGGUGCAAUUCGUCAUCGGCCGAUUUUUUGGCAACAAGCAGGAUGCUGCUUCCGACGUCAAGCCGGGCAACAUGCCGGCCUUCGUUGACCGUCCUGACCCCAACCUGGUCUCCAACUACAGCGCCAUCCCCGAUCUCAUCGCCCCGAUCUGGCCGUCUAACAGCGCCCUCGAUAUCAGUAUCUAUGUGGCGCCGUCCACCGUGAUCCCGAACCUGAAGUCGGCCGAGCUGGUCCUGAGCGAAAAGAACUUCACAAUUGGAAACUACAGCGACAGCCGGGAGAUCGAUACGACCAUCAAGAUUCCGAAGCAGGUCCAGCAGAACGGAACCCUCUGGGCGCAUUUCUUUGUCGCUCAGACGGGCUACCAACUCGAUCCCGCCGCCAAGGGUUACAGCUCCGAGAAUGCCGUCCACUUCGUGCGCCCGCUGAACCAGUACCUCGCCAAGAAGAAGGCCAAGAAGCUGAAGAACCUCCUGUCCAGUGACGGAACGGAGGUGGAAGAGGAGGAAGAUUCCACGCCGGACGUGCAGACCGUGUCGUACUAUCAUCCCAACUUUACCGUCUCUCUCAUCCCCGACUCCGGAUCCCAGAAAUUCCCCCAGAUGCAGCCGGCAGUCCGCCAGUAUGUGCAGCUCGAACGAAGCGGUGCCCGGGAUCUGAGCGGCCAAAACGGCUGGUACUACCCGAUUGUGUUCCUGAACACCUUCUGGCAGCUGAAAACCCACAUGACGGAAUUGAACUCGACGGUCGACACGGUCCCGCUGCGCAUCACUCUCAACAACAUGGCAAACUGGAAGUUCAACAUCAUCACUAGUAUCGAUGAAGGUGCCAAGCAAAGUGCUCGCCAGGCCGCGUACGGCGGCCCCGUGCCCGGUGGUGGCGAUGGAACCGAGUGGGAGAUGGUCAAGGAGAUUCUCCUGGACACGAACAUUUACCUCCUGGGCACCACUGGUGUAGUCACUAUCCUGCAUAUGUUGUUUGAGACUCUGGCUUUCAAGAACGAUAUCGCUCACUGGCGCAAGAAGAAGGACAUUGUCGGCACUUCGGUCCGAACGAUUCUGGCCAAUGUCUUCAUGCAGGCCGUCAUCUUCCUCUACCUGAUGGACAACAGCGAUAACACUUCAUGGAUGAUUCUCGCCAGUCAGGGAUUCGGUAUUCUGCUGGAAGCCUGGAAGAUCACUAAGACGGUCGACGUUCGUGUUCGUCCACCACCCGCCGGCUCCUUCUUUUCGUUCUUGCCGUAUGUUAUUGUCUUCGAGGACAAGCAUAAGCUGUCGGAGACCGAGGAGAAGACCAAGGAGUAUGACGAGAUUGCUUUCCGCUAUCUAUACAUCCUUGCCGUGCCCCUGUUGGCCGCCUAUGCCGCGUACAGCCUGAUCUACAACACCCACAAGUCGUGGUACUCGUACAUCAUUCAGACGCUCGUGGGCAGUGUCUAUGCCUACGGAUUCCUCAUGAUGGUUCCCAGUUUGUAUAUCAACUAUCGCUUGAAGUCCGUUGCCCACUUGCCCGGCAAGGCACUGACGUACAAGUUCCUCAACACCUUCAUCGACGACCUCUUCGCAUUCACGGUCAAGAUGCCGUGGCUGCACCGCCUGGCUACCCUGCGCGACGACGUCAUCUUCUUUGUCUGGGUGUACCAGAGCUGGAAGUACAAGGUGGACUAUACGCGCGUCAACGAGUUCGGACAGGGUGGCGAGAGCGACGAGGAAGACGAAUCUGCGCCCGCGGCUGCUAAGAUCGAUAAGUCGCUUGAGGUGACUGCUCAGACGUCGGCUGCCCAGCCCAGCUCGUCCCAGGCGUCGACCCGGAAGAGAAAAUGA